GGGGAGAAGGCGUGGCCUUGCCUGGGCAGCACUGCAGCGAGCAGGUAACACUCAUAAAACCCCAUCAGGGCAGUGAUCUGCCACCGUUUGGACCGGGACAAUGACGAGAACACUCCUACUGUGGCUUCUGUUCCUAAACGUCUCAUUCAAGCCCUCAGAAAGCCACAGUCCAGGCUUCGAGGUGGGGGACGACUAUGAGGUGGUUCGACCCGUCAGACUUCACGCAGUCAGGAAAAGAAGCACGGAGAACCUCAGACCACAGACAGUUAAGUACGCAAUGACUGUCGGAGGAAAAAACAUUCAACUGCAGCUUGAGAAAAACACGGAGUUAUUAGGCAGAGACUACACAGAAACCUCCUACCAGGAAGACGGGACUCGGGUCACCUCAAGACCACAUGACGUAGAUCACUGCUACUACCAAGGAACGAUUGCCAAUGACCGUGAGUCAUCAGCUAGCAUCAGUACGUGUGACGGACUGAGGGGUUACUUCAGGACAUCUGCCCAGAGGUACCUGAUUGAGCCUCUGUCCGGUGGCGAUGAGGGCGACCAUGCUGUGACCGCCGUAAAUGAGACGAGCUCUAAGCCGGCGCUGUGUGGCGUUACCAACGAAUCCUGGAGCGACGACAUGGAGCCUCCAACCGGCGGGAGCCGGUCCAGAUCUGGGGGUGUUUCUGUCCUUCGGCAGCAGAAAUACAUCGAGCUCGCUCUCGUAGCUGAUAAUCGAGCGUUUAACAAGAUGAACAGAGAUAUGACCAAGAUGAGACAGAGGAUAUUUGAAAUCACCAACUUUGUUAACAUGGUCUACAGACCUUUAAGGACCUUCAUUGCUCUGGUGGGUCUGGAGGUCUGGUCCACUAACGACUUAAUCUCAGUGACCAACCCUGCUGGGGCCAACCUGGACGCCUUCAUGAAAUGGAGGAAGUCGAACCUGGCGGAAAGGAUCAAACAUGACAACGCACACCUCAUCAGUGGGAUCGACUUUGAAGGUUCCACUGUGGGUCUGGCUUUCAUUGGGACCCUCUGCACCGACCACUCAGUCGGGGUAGUACAGGAUCACAAUGACCGAGCCAUCGCAGUGGGAGCUACUCUAGCCCACGAGAUGGGCCACAACCUGGGCAUGAGCCAUGACGACUCCAGUGCCUGCAUUUGUUCCGGGGACAGCUGCAUCAUGGCUGCAGCCCUCAGCUGGAACAUCCCGCGGUCGUUCAGCAGCUGCAGCAGCAGCAACUAUGAAAGAUACCUGACAACCCGCAGCCCCAGCUGUCUGUUCGACAAACCCGACUACAUGAGGAUCGAAGCUCCUGCCGUCUGUGGGAACGGCUUCAAGGAAAAAGGCGAGCAGUGCGACUGCGGCACUGUGCAGGAGUGCACCAACCCCUGCUGCAACGCCACCACAUGCACGCUGUCAGCAGGCUCCCAGUGCGCGGAGGGAGAAUGCUGUGCUGACUGUCAGAUCCAGCCUCGGUCCAGGGAGUGCCGCCCCAAGCAGGAUGACUGUGACCUGGCAGAGUACUGCAACGGGAAGAGCGCCACCUGUCCUGAGGAUGUGUUCGCCGUCAACGGCCUGCCGUGUAACAAGGGUCUGGGUUACUGCUACAACGGCCAGUGUCCACAGAGGUCAACCCAGUGCCUCAAACUCUACGGCAACACUGCCAGCGAGGCGUCUCCAUCCUGCUACAACAACAAUGGCAGAGGAACCAACUAUGGCUACUGCAGACGGCUGUCAGACUCCCAGUUCAUCCCCUGCCAGCCCCAAGAUUUUUUCUGCGGGAAGCUUUUCUGCAGCGGCGGCAAUCCCAACCCUAUCUACAGCCAAAUGGUCUCAAUCGGGAGCUGCAAGGCGGCUUUCUUUCAGGACUACACCAAAGACUACGGGCAGGUGGAGGAAGGCACCGUCUGUGGAGAGGGGAAGGUUUGCAGCCAGAAUCAAUGCAUGGAUGUUGAAGCUGCGUACAGGAACACCAACUGUUCAGCCAAAUGCCCAGGGAACGCUGUGUGCAAUCACAGGAGUGAGUGUCAGUGCACGCCUGGCUGGCUGCCUCCUAACUGCGGAGCUCAGGAUGAAGCUUUCAGCUCGCUCUCCACCGGGGCGAAGGUUGCAGUGUCCCUGGCUGUCAUCCUGGUGGUCCUGGGUCUGGUGUUUGGUGUGGUUGGAUUCAUGUGCAAGAAGAAGAAACAGGCUCCCUCUCUGCCAACUUUAUCGGCCCCCAGGGAGCCUCCAGUGGCCCGCAGCUCUGCUCCCAGAACCAACCAGAAGGCCAACAUUGGUCAGCCCAUGCCUCUCAGACAGGCACCAAAACCGAAGCCCAAAGGCGCUCCGCCUCCACCACCUGCAGCAGGGAACCGACCCAAACCUCCGAGCCAGAACUACCUAGCUGCACGCCAGGCUCUGAGGCCCGUCCCUCCUCCGAAGGUCUGAGGAGCAGCAGAGACCCUGGCUCUGUCCUGCUGGCGGACUCCUGCCUCCAUGAUCUGCUGCAUGUUCUCCUGCACGGCCUGAGCCCAAACAGGAAGCUGUUAAAGUGCAGCUUCUGCUACGGAUCCAGGCGUCCGUUUCUACGGGGCCUUAAAGUGGAUCCUUUGGCGACGCCGUCGGCUCAGAGCUGCUUCAGCAUCAUUUCUGGGUCCAAACCCUUCAACCACUGCUCUGAGAAACGCUGCACUAAUGGCCAAGUCUUUGAUAAGAACACUGUGAAAAUGUUUGUAAAGGUUUUAUAAUUAUAUUUUAUUUACACAAAGUACAAGCUUCAUAUUUUUGUAAUAUUUUCCUGUUUACAUGAGUCUGAUGGAUCUUUAAACAUUGUGCUUUUAUAUUUGUAUUUAGUAUUUGAAAAUAAAAUGAUUAUGAAAAUGAA